GAUACCGUCCAAUCAGCGCAAAGCGAAGCCUACGGGAGGGGGCGGGACUUCCGGUUUGUCAGCGAGAGAGGGAAGUUCAGAACGAAGCUCCUUCGUCUUUUCGUUUCUCAGAUUUACGGUCAUGGCUCCACUCUCUGAACUCCAGAUGAGGUUCUGGAUGGAUAAAGCAGUGCAGUGGGGCCAGGCUACAUCUCCCUCUGCACAGCAGGAUAUAAGCAAGCACAUACAGUCUUUGGGGACCUUCCUUGAGUCCCUUGUACACACACUACAGACAACGAACUCUACCACUGAGUCCUUGAAGAGCUUUCCUUUUGUGGGCAAGUUCCUGGGAAGACUUUGUUGGAACCCAUAUGUUACUGCGGAUGGAGUAAGCAGGCGACUCCUGCUGCAGUGCAUGUGGCAGCUAUACAGCGCAGAGCCUCAGAAUGUGGUGGAACAACGUGCUAACGAGUGGAUACGGAAUUUGCUGUGCCAUCUAACUUCAAAAGAUGAGGGCAGUAUGGUGCAUGCUUUAGAGAAAUAUGCUGGCUUCCCACCUCAGCAGUAUUAUUCAGAAAGCCUUAAAAAGAUGGUGGCAUUACUGACAAUGGAGGUCAAUAGUAGUCAGAUCACUUCAUCAGCCUCGUUAGAAAGGUGCACGUUUGACAGCAUUCAUUCAUUAUCAGUAGCCUGUAUCCCUUUGGUCACAUGUCCUGAGGUGGCACCUCUUAUUGGUUCUCUGCUAAACCAUUGUAAUUCAUGUCACUGUUCUCAGCUCAGUGCAGAGUUUAUAAAAGCGGUUGAAACAGCCUGGCUCAGUAAGAAGCUGGUGAUUGAGGAUGAAGCUGUGAUGGCUCUGUGGUGUGUCAGCCUGUCCAGUUUAGAACGGGCAGUUCUGUUUCUGUUUGAGCGUGUUCUUUCUGACCCCAAUGUUACGAAGGAUCUGGAGAACGUCGUCACGGACUCCUUAUUGCCCAAAGCAUCAGUGCUGCACUGCCACAUCUUUCUCAUAGUGAAUGAUAUUUUCAGAAAUGCUCUAAUAUCAAUCGAAGACAAUGUUGCACUGAGAAAUCUAUUACAAGUUUUCACUAGAUGUUUUCUUCAGAUGCGUGCUGCACAAAGGCCACAGCAACGACUACCACUGAGAUCUUUUUUUCCUCAUGUACCUCAUGACCUGCUCACACCCUUAUUGACUAUACCAUCAGAUGUGCCACAGAAUGUGUGGUUGGAGCACCUGAGCUGGAUUGGGACAUUAGUAAAGACAUUUCUUCAAGAUAGAAACCAGGAGGAGGACAGCAGCAAAAGACACAGGGCUGUGUUUGAGGUCUGGUUCUUGCUUGUCCAGGCUGGUCAUUGGAUAGAUGUUGCUGCUCAGAUACUGGUCUCUGUAGGAUCUGGGCAAUCAGACCCUUUGCUGUUUCUCUUGAUGUUCUACCAUGACCCCACCAACAGAGGGCACCAGAGCACUCAGCAUAAUAAUGUGGCAAGACAGGCAUGGAGUGAUUUGAAGACUCUCUUCCUCGCCCACACUCUGUCUUCUGAACGACUGUCUGCUGUGAACGAGCUCCUCUGCACUCCGUCAGCAAACCUAUUUCUCAGUCUUCUCCUUAACUUUGCCAUAUUUUCUCAAGUAUCAACCAGCAGGGUGACAGAUGUUCUAGAGAAGGUGCUGACUGAUGCUGGUGUGAGGGGCAGAGCCAUGUGUAUGCUCUCCUCUGUGCAUCAGAAGCUAAAAGGAGAUGGUGCAGUGGAUGCCAGGCUCAAGAUGCUUAAGGACAUACUCCAUAGAGCAUAGUGCCUCAGGCUGCACAUAAACACGUGGACGUGCCCAAACGCUGGCAUGCGGUAAGCUGUUUAUUAGGACAAGGAUUUCUGGCAUGGUAUACUUCCACACUGAAAGCCGGGGCUGUUGAAAAUGACAUUUAUACGCUGAGCACAGCUGCUGGAUUUAUUUUGAAUAGGCAACGUCAUGUCAGGCCAAUUAAAAGGAACGGAGACAUGUAUGCAUACAGAAAAAUACAGAAGAAAACCCAUUUAAGGAAAAUAUGUACAGAGGUUAUAUUGUUUCUCAAUUUAUUUAUUUUUUAUAAAUAUUUCAAUGCAUGAAUGUUGAUGUUAGGAGAUGUGUAAACUCCUGGGCAAAUAAAAUGAGCCAUCUACAAAAUAGCAGAAUUAUAAUCGUUUAACAGACUUAAAAACAAAUUAUUGGCUCAUAGAUAAAGGAACUUUUUUUCAUUUUAUUUAUUAGAAUGAUUUCAGCUUUUUGUACAAAGAAGAGUCUAUGAUGUCUAUCAUUCUAUAUUGAUGCAGUCAAACAGUAUUUUUUAACUCAGAUAUCUGUUGAGAUUUAUAUACAUUUUAUUUGAAAAUGUUCCUAAUUUUACCAUUGUGAAGACUAUAGAAUUCAACUAUGCUGUUUCUAGCUUUUCCCCUUAACACUUCACUGCAGUAAAAGUAAAUAAGCAAAUGGUGGCACAGGAGAUCUCAGGAGCACAUUUGUUUAAUGCUCACUAAUUCUCUGACCAAAUCAUUUUUUUAAGACCUUUAAAAGCUUAAUAAUUUGCCAAUUUUGGGCUUGGACAACUUUUUUUUUUACGCCCUAAGAGAAUUUUUCCAUUUUUCAAAUGUAAUUUGAUUUCAAUUCAGUUACUGAUAUGAUCUUGUGAGCAAAUGUUGACCGAGUUGACACGGCUCUUGCACAAGAGCACCAUGUCUUAAAUCACUUUCGUUUUGUUUUUGGAGAACUUAAAAACAAAUGCUACAAAAAUAAUAAAGUCUGUAAAUACUG